AUGAGUCCAUUCCUUGCUUUGUACUAUGCCGCCGGAAAGCAAGUAGACUCAGCGGGUGGCCCGGAGAUUAACACCUUCAUCAAUGUUCACUCAACACACUCAACACGAGGCUGUAGAAGAGGUUGUUUUCAAGUUGGGCUGAAGGCAAAGUUCAACUACCAAGGAACAACGCGGUUCUUUAAAACACAGUUAACUGAACGAGUUUUGCGGGAAUUGAUUGAUAUGGAGUUAAAAGCACGGGUUUUAUGUGGUGUAUUUGUGCUGUUGGUAUCAAUGUGUUAUCUAUGCGAGGCGAGGUGGAUCGAUAAGACAGAUCAAGGAUCGAUCUCAGAUAUAGAUAGGAACGCACAGUUGCUCCUGAACGACUCCGGGAAUGCGACGAAUCUAACUGGUAGGUUUGUGCACUUUCUGCCCCGUAUUCGAUUUUACACGCGAUGUAAAAUCUACAACCAUUAGUUAAAAGACAUUCCGAAGAGUGACAUCCUAUUGUCGUAGAAUCAACAUUCGCGCUAUUGAAACAGGACAACCAAAUUCAACCUUGAAUUUUCUCAAUAUAUUUCUCAUAUCUUCACAAGAUGUCAUUACUUUUCGGAGUGUCUUUUAUCCUAUAAUUGGCGAAAUUAUCCGUUGGUAAAAAAGUUUAGAUCCCUAAACGCUUGAGGGAAAUAAGGUCUAUAUUUUACUCUUCCGUUCUUUAAUGGGGCAGAAUCCUAUAGUUAAGCGUUCUUCAUCCCUGUUAAAACGUUUAAUACACAUUAAUACACACACGGAAAAUUUUAAGCCCAUUUGCUGUUACUUAUGAAAUAUGAUCAAAUAUCUAAAUAAAUAAAAGGAGGGUGUUCAGUUUUGUGUAUUAUUUAACGUGCAUUUGUCGAGGUACCAAGUAUUUAUAUAAAAUGUAGAAUGAUUUGCAUGAAAAACGCUUCAUUGGAAUGCAACGUUUAUUUCUGUAGACUGAAUUUGCGCAAAUACUGAGACAAAGCGCAUUAAUAGGCAAGCACGCAUUUAUUCGAGUGUUUUGGCCUCUAACCAAACUAAACGUUUUAGUCAACGAACAGGGUGAACAAUAGAAAAAAGUCUGGAUUUUAUGGGUAGAUACAGAGCAAAUAUACAAAAUCCAGUCUUAUUUGCCAAGAGUAUACGAACUGGAAGCCUGGUGUUUCUAUUAAAUAUAUUUGUGUUAUAAACAUUGAACCUGUACGUGAUGUUGUUAUUUGAGUACCAUGUGACAACUCUCGUCACGAAUUUCGCCUAUGAAUAAAAAGGUACAUGAACAUGGAAUUUGGUUAGAGAACUAAACAUUAUCCCAGUUGAAAAAAAAUGAUUACAGAUCAUUGACUAGGAUUAUCGAUUUAAUUAAGUAAUUUAGCCAACGCAAUUAGGCACGAUUAUUUGAUUUUCUUCAAACAUUACUCACUAGAAUUGUUCAAACAAUGGGACUUCCGUUCAAACACACAAAACCAGGAAUUUUUAGAAAAAUAUACCUGCGCGCAACAGCAUGUGUAUAUUAUUGUAGCAACAAAAUUAUCGUCACUGCUGACGCGAUAGGAAGUUCCGACGAUAGAAAAAGUCAAUUUGCGCAAAAUAUUUUCCUGGUAGAAAACGAGUUGUUUUACAUGUGCCAAAAUUGCGCAGAACAGGCACACAAUUUGUUUCUUAAAAUAAAUAUAUGUUACAUGCAAUGUAUAAUGUUGAACUUGCGCCAAGAAGCAUUGAGUGUUGAAUGACUCGUGACUCUGAAAGAUAUUUCCACAGAGGUUACCUAAAUUGAAAUUUGACAUCACUAAAGUCUAAGGGUUAAAUUCUGGAGAAUGUUUGUCAUCGUUAAGUUCGCACGACGGUGUUAAUGUGCGAUUUGAAUUUGAAACUCAGCUUCAAGUAGAUAGGUAGAGUGGAUUAUUAAUGGAUUUAAUAUACAAGCUCUUAUAUGAUAAGAUAUGGGCUCCUGAGAAUUUAAGGGUUGAAGGCUGCACGCAGGCGUCGGCGGGUUUUCACUCGACUCGUCUGAGUGUUUGCGGUUUCACGCGCACUAGGGUUUCCUAGAUAUGCAAUUUAGAUACACCAUAUGCGUAUGGAGAUUCUAUUCUUAGGUUAUCAAGUCAAAAUCUGCCAUGCUCAGAUAACCACAAAAACGUCUCAGUCAUUUUGCGUGGGAUGAAACAACAAGGCAGUCUGCCGUAUUAUGUUAAUCAAUACUCCCAUACAAAAAGAUGGCCCUCCCUUAUUGAAUACUGGACCUCAAAGGACAAAGACGAGCAGUUUAGAACAGAUAGAGCUAUUCGCGACACUAGGAUAAAUAGAGUUCAUUAGUUUUUAGACUACAUUGAUACUGCACUGGAACGGUUUGAAAACGGCGCAGAAAAGUCACAGGGGCGUCACAAUUAGCCGUCGCGUUCACAUUACGACAGAGCGGCUUGGCGGCUUCGUGUGAACACAAACGCCGUUACUUUUUUCUACCGCUUGCAAACCAAGCAUCUCAGCUCUCAAAACAGCAAAACCGAAUGCUUUUCGUUUAAAUUUCUUUGCCCUAUUUGAGAUAAUCUGGGUUUACAUUAGUGCUCAUUUAAUUUGUAAACAAACUGCGAUGCCGUAUAGUGUGAACACACGCAAAUUCUGUCGGCAUUAUUUCGCUAAACAUACAUUACGUUAUUGUAAAUGCGUAUGGUAUUUAAUUAGGCAUAUACUGAUGAUUAUAAUGAAAAUUCUUGCCGGCAGGUAGCGCGAACUAUCUGAGCCAAAAAUUUUACACGGGCUCUUUGACUUUGUAGAUAACGCGUCAAAGAAUUUUAAAUAAACUAAGCUUAAUAAAUGAUUCCCAAACAAACACGAGGUGUUUUAAGAAACUUAUGGUGGCUUAUUUUAUAAUACGCUUGCUCUAUUACUGCACGACCGAGGUAAAUGACGAGCGCGCGCUAACGUCCCUUAGGCGAAAUUUUAUUAAAAUGCGAGUUUAUUUAUUCAUAUGUGUUCCUCGACAAACCUUCAUGACAAGCCGUGUAUUUGUUUUUGUCCGUCUUCAGACGCGACAGCAACAGUAAAAUUAAUCAAAUAUGGCUAGGAUAAAAACGUAAAUUAUGCGAGUCCAAUGGCACGGGGCUGUUCAUAUCUAGCCUGCGCAGCAGUCGCUUUUAACUCGCCAUUUAUUCAAAAAUCCUCAAAACCUGCAAUAAAAUAAAGCGACUGCUGUGCAGGCUAGUUCAUAUCAUGAGCCACGUAAGCCCGGGUGAAUCGUGUCACGAAUACGUUUCUGACCAUGAAAGAUCCUUUGAAGAUGAACUUUAUAUUGUUAAUGGAAUCAGCCUAAGCUAAUUCAACUUUGAAAUAUCAUUUUGAAAAAGCCGUGAUACGAGAGCUUUAAUGGACCAAUUAUCCCUGUUAACGGGCCAGCCCGUCUCCACAUGAACAGCGCGCGACACGUGGUGGUUCAAUCAUGAGUCAUUUGCUGCAGGCAUAUUAUUAUAGGGAAUCGAAUCCCCAUCAGAAAGGUGAAAGCUCAUGCGCUAACUACAGUGGCAAGAGCACUGAACUUCAGAAGCAAAAACACCUGGUGGCUGCUCAAACGAGGAUAAGAGUUGCAACUCUCGCUCAACUCGUGACAACUCUCAUACUCUCCAGGCCCGGCCAGGGUUAAGGAUACCCAAAUACCCGGUAUAUUUUUGGUCAGAUACCAAUAUACCCAAAUUUGGAGGAGAUCCAGAUGCCAAAUACCCAAAAUUAAAGUCUCGACAAGAUACCAAAUACCCGUAAUUAAACUGUCCCGAUACCAUAUAUCGCAAAUAAAACGCCCAAGAUACCCGUAUACCCAAAACCCCUGGCUGGGCCUGACUCCCCGCAUCAACGUUGAACUGGUUCAAAUUUUGACGAGAGUUUUUUGCUCGGUAAUAUCCAGUCAACUCUCGUGCAAACUUGAACAGUCUUUGCCAAUGUGGGUAGUGCCAAUAAUAGAGAAGAAAAAUACAAGAUAAACUUAGCGAAGGCCCUUCAUCGAGAAGUUGGUGGAAGUCACUAUCACAGAAUACUACACAGAAGUCUAUCUCCAUUGUUUUUUGCGUAAGCGUUAUUCGUCAUGAUUCGUCACUCAGGCUCAGCAAGUACCGUAAACAGAUGCAGUCACCCCCCUGGACGUGCGCCAUUUUGAGUAUUUCCAGGGGGACUGUUUCUGUUUACGGUACUUGAUGGGUGACGAAUCAUGACGAAUAGAGUUUACGCAAAAAACAAUGGAGAUGGACUUCUGUGUAGUAUUCUGUGUCACUAUAGACCCAUUGCACAUGACGUCACAGCGCGGGUGACGAUGCAUCUGGAGGACACAUUAGCAAUCUAUGCAUACUGUAGCUUCUGUAAACAAAGUCAAUUUUGUAAAAUUUUAUAAUAAUUUUGUAUCAAAAUGGUUAAUUGUUGCGCUGUAUGUGGUUGUUGUACCCGAAUAGAUAUUGUUAGGCAGCAUCUGGAGGACACUAUAAGGAUUUGUGAUGUCAGUUCAAUGGGUCUAUAGCAGGACCGCCGAGAGGUUUGCGGGGGCCCGGGGCAAAUUUUUUUUUGGGGGGCCCCUAUCUAAAAAAUUUUUCCGGAAAAAUAUUUUUCCGGAGAACAACCUCCCCCCUCCCCCCCCCCGUUGCCAAAAAAUUUUAGGGGUAAAAUAAGAGUACGUUGCAAUUGCUUUCCAGGGACUUUAUUUCAUUUUUUUAUGCCAAAUUUCGGUACUUAGCCCAAGAAAACAGAUAUCUUGUCCUUUGCGCGGAAAUAUUUAACACACACAAAAGACUGGGGCCCAACAAAAAUUUUUCAGGGGCCCCCACCACCUCGGGACCCGGGGCAAUUUGGCCCCCCCCCUGCCCUCCCUCUCGGCGGCCCUGGUCUAUAGCAAUAAGUGUUAUGAACCCGUAAACCAAAAAGUUAUGUAACAAAUUGUAUCCCUAUCAAUCUGAAGCUUUCUUAUGCAAACUCUCGCUUGUCAACUCUCAUCUUCAUUUCAUCGCGGAGUCUUAAAAAACGAACGAAAAAAAAGUUCGCUAGACCUAUUAAUAGGAAUUUUAUCAUGAAAAAAAAAACCAGCAGGAAAACGGACCACUUGGCAAAGUACGUAGUAAUAAAUCUUUUAGCACUUGAGUUUUUGUAUUGUUUCACCUGUGUGAAAAUAGGAAAUCCAUUCAAACUAUUAAAUGAAACUUUAUAUAUUGAUAUUACACACCCGCGACUUUCCGGUAGGAUUAAACCUCAUGUGGUUAUAUUGUAGAAUAGUACUUCUCAAAUUCAUUAAUAAUUCAUGAGGAAAACACAAAGAAAAAUCAUAAGCUUAGCGUGUCGUAUCUUUACAUGUGAUAGAGAUUUCCUUUGAUUUACAUAAACCUUAACUUUGAUUUUCUCGACUUACACAACGUAUUUUUUGAAAAUUACUUCGCCAAUAAACUUACUAGAUCGAUCGUUUUUGAAGCAAUUUAAAACAUUCGCAGUGCGUGUUUUAUCAGACCUAAAGAUAUUCGGCUUCGCCUCGUAUCUUUAUAUCUGAUACAACGCACUGCCGCUCAUGUUUUAAAUAGUACUUCAAUAACUAAUGAACAAGCUCUUGUUGGUAAGGAGAAUUUCGACGUUUCGAGCGAAGCCCUUCGUCUGGAGUUACUGAGAAGAGUUACUCAUAUCAUUCAAAGACAGUUCAAGUUGGUUAUGACUGCAACAUUUUGAAAUGCAUUCAUAGCCAUGCAAGUGGCAUUAUACUCAUUAGUUUUGAGCGCGUGUUACGUGACAUAUGCAAAUUAUCUCCAGCUCUUAAACUGCUUAUUUUUGCAGUGAUAAACUCAUGAACGGAAACUUUAUGCAUAUAGCUUAUACUCCCUAUGCGUGAGAAGAUUAUGUGAAGCGGUAACCUCCGUGACCUCCUGGCCUGUUAAUGUGAUCUGGAUUUCCGAAUUUUCACUUCAUUUAGAAAGAAAACAAAAUCUCGAUAACAAAAUCUGUUUAUGAACGCAAUACCUCAAUUUUCCCAAGUGUUUGUGGGUGUUUGUAUUUUAAUAAAACUAAAGACUCCCACCCCCGUACUUCAUUUUAACAAGCCAGUCUCUAAUAAACGCUGAAACAUACUAUUAAACAUUUUUUAAUGUUGAUUAAAAAUUGCCUUUACGUUGGCCGGAGUGUUUAAAAAAAUGAAAAUCCUGUGGCUAAACGAGAAGUUGACUCACAUAAUGGUUGUCCAAACAGAGAACCGCCUUGCGGUAAUUAAAAUUUUUCAGCAAUUUACUAAUUUAAUUCGAUCGUUAUCAAAUAAGUACUACAGGUUAUCGGUCUUAAACACAUUUCCUUCCCCGGUUUGCCCCGUCCUUUAUCUAAGAAAACUAUAGUUAUCUUUAAAAACUAAAGCCCCAUAAUUUUCCAUGACAAGUUUUCCGCUUCUCGUGUGUACGGUCGACAAAUUUUCCUUGAAAAGUUUUCAUUUGACAAGUUUUGUUGCUCCGGGUCGCUUUGCCAAAACCAUAGAAGAAUUUCUUGUACAUUAGUCACGUUUUCGUUGGCGGCCGUACACACGAAAAAAUCCCCCUUGACCAAAAGCUAGCAUGACCAGUUUUGGAACAAGGUUCCUUGGAUGGAAAGAACAAAUUGUCAAUUUUUUACCGUACACUCGAGCAAACAAAAUUUGUCAAGGAAAACUGUGCUUAGUAGUUAGUGACAUUUAUAUUUGUUCAUUUCGCAUGCGCAGUUUUAGUGUGAAAAUGCGCUUUUCUAAAUCUCAUCUUUAGCAAUUAGUGCGCAAAAUUGUAUGUGUUUACUUUUUGGCUUAUAAUAUUAGCCGUUUCGUUGCAAUGCUUUGGGUUAAACCGUCUGAGCUGUAAUUAGACAUGCGUAUAUGUUUACAAAGAUCUUGAAGUCUUUUAAAGUACGUUUUUCAUAAUCGGAUCUUGGCCAUAAAUCAUAAUGGAUGAUAGUAAUAUAAAAUUAGCCUCAGAUUCCUGUUUUCCAAAUUGUCCAUCAAACUGAACUUUACGAACAUAUAUUUCAGAAUCAUCCUCAGAGGCACCGAUGCCCAAAGAAUCAGACUUAUUAAGAAUCAUUAUCAACGCUGUCGCCGGAGAAAAGAGCACUGUGGUGUACAACAAGACUAUCUUAGUGGAAAGAAACAAGGUUGUCACACUGAACUUUACAAGACAGAUGCUUUCAUCAUUUAAUGGUAAAGUAAAUGUUUCUCUUAAUGUUUUUUUUAUUAAAAAAAUAUUUUCCAAAUGUUUGCCCCAAAAGCAAAUAAUGCUUAUCUAGGGGGCUUAAAUUAAUAUUUUCAAACAAACACACACAUUAAUGUUAGUCUUUUAAUGUUUCCUUGAUCUCCUUACUGGACCUCCAAGUAGAACAGUUAGAACUGAUAAAGCUAAUUUUCAGAGUCUUCUCUACCUCUUUCGUUAGGCCCUUUCAUUAAUUCUUUCAUUAUGAUUUGUGAGUCUAUAUGCUAUCCGUGAGUCCGAAUGGAUUAUUAUUAUUAUUAUUUAUUGGCCUUUUUAAAUUCGUUCUUUUUCUUUGGGGCGGGGGGGAGGGGCCUUAUAAAAUAUUGGGGGGGGGCGUGUCCCUGACUAGACCUAAUGGGGGGCGUGUCCCUGGCUAGACCUAAUGAUGAAGUUAUACAGUAUAAAUAGAGAAUGUUUAGCUUCGAGUUUUAUUUUAAUUUAAUCCUCUUAAAGUGCCUAUAUCAGGGUUUUGGAGUUUGCAUAUCUCGAAAGUUUAGGGUAUUUUAAGACACUUUGCAAUAUAUUUUGUUAUUGAAAAAUUUCAUCUUGAUGGAUUUAUUAGCUCUUAAAGUUACCGGACAUGACGUCAAAAGGAGAAUUUUGUUGCAAUGAAACAAAGGAAAACUGAUUUGCAAUUCUCCUUUUGACGUCAUGUCCGGUAACUUUAAGAGCUAAUAAGUCCAUCAAGAUGACAUUUUUCAAUAACAAAAUAUAUUGCAAAGUGUCUUAAAAUACCCUAAACUUUCGAGAUAUGCAAACUCCAAAACCCUGAUAUAGGCACUUUAAAUUUCUCGAUUCAUCAGACAUCGCGAAUACACCAGACACUCGAGGAGAUAUAAGGAUGGCAAUAAAUCACAUUCAAAACCAACAACUACAACAAUACAAAUCAGCAACCAUCGGCCUGGCUGUGUUAUGCGCUGUGAUGUUCCUGGCCCUAGCGUUCAUAACACUGCGUUCCAGAGCGAAACGCACAUCGAAGAAGCCCGAUGACGACACGUCAUUAGCAGUUGCUAAGCAAACCGUGGAAAGUGAAUACCAGAGUAUACGCGGUCUGCCGAGGAGGGAGACUGGUAACUCGUAUGGCUACGAAACGGUAAGAAGGCUUAGACUACAUACACACAACAUCAGAGCGAAAUAAUGCCGGCAGAAUUUACAUGUGUUCACACAACGCCUUACAGUUUGUUUACAAAUUACACUAGCACUCAUGUAAACCCAAAAUAUUUCAAAUAGAGCCAAGAAAUUUAGACGAAAAGCAUUCGGUUUUGCUGUUUUGAGACGUGAGAUGCUUAGUUUGAAGCCGCCAAGCGCUUCGUUUUCAUCUCGCUCCGUUUAGAAACAGUGCUCAAAUUAUCACGGCAAAAGUGACGUUUUCAAACAAUAAAAAAAACCCCGGAAAAAACCAAAAACAACAUAGGUCAGUUAUUUCCCGAAAGCCAAUAACAAGUUCAAAACUAACUCCCUUGAUUACUUUCAGGUCAAACCCAAGCUUCCAUCAAAGCGGCCACCUCUCGCUCACCUCAUACAGCCCAAUGGAGGCGGCGAGUACGAAAAUCUCAAGCCACAUGACCGCGAAAACCUCAAGACGCAUGUCCGAGAAAGUAACCCAUAUAUGUCAAUGGAUGAAGCACUUGCCGGAAGUGGUCUGACCGGAAGAGGUCUGACCGGAAGUGAUCUGACCGGAAGUACCGAAAGUAGUCUGACCGGAAGUGGUUUGACCGGAAGUGUGGUUGCACUCUCCGGCGGAGACGAGGACUUAUAUCUUACUAUGAAGAAAUUAAUAAGAACGCCGGAUGAGAUGGCAGCAGAAACAAACGAGUCGGCAUCUAUUUAAUGUUUACAUUUGGACACGAAAUUGGGCUCGUAUUCGAGAUCCCACUUUGUUCCAAGUAGCGGGCUGGUUUGUAAGUUACCGUACAGACAACCAGCUGAUAUCGGAUUCUGUUCGCAAUGCUUGCUCCAAGAACGACUUGUAAAUAGCUUCACAAGUUGCACAAAACAUUUUCUACCGUAUCAUUAUUUAUAAAACAUUUUCUAUCAUUUACAUACUUAGAGUUAUCUAUAUUUGUAGUUUUGUUUAAAGAUUUGUAGAUAUUUCCUAUUAAAAUUUAAUAAAAAACAUCUGUUUGAAAACAUUGUCUUUUUCUUCAAAUUGCAGUCCUACGAAAACAUCACAAAUGUCCCAUCAUUUGUGACGAUGUCAUGGGAUUACACACGUAAAAACGCGCGAGUUGUUGCAGAUCUGCAAACAAAGUUGCAACAAGGUUGUUGCCAAGCCGAUAUCAGGAUGUGUUCGCACUGCUUGUUCCCAGUUGUUGUGACAAGUCUGGAACAAGUUGUUAUCACCUUGUUACAAGGUUGAUGACGGCAACAGACUUGCUACAAGUUGCUCCAACAAGACUAAUACAGUUGCUACGAGCUUGUUGUCAUCAACUUGUUACGUGCAGACGAUAUCAGAUUUGCUGGAACAACUUGUUGCAAGUCUGCUGACCUCAUCAUCUUGUUACAGGAUGAUAACAAUUUGUUCCAGACUUGUCAACAACUGGGGACGCGCAGUGCGAACACAUGUUGUUGACAAGCUGUGAGAAUUUUACAUGUGUAAUUUGACUCCACCCUACCUUGUCGAGUAGAUCAUGAUAUGGAGAAAUAAUAUCAGGGAUGGAUUUACUGGAGAGGUGCGGGGGGUGUGUGUGCACCCCCCUUAGCCCUGGCCAGAGGGGUGCAGGGGGUGCUAUAUUUCAUGAUAAAGCAAAAAAAUUAUUAGAGACAAAAUGAGAUACAGUAAUUUGAGUAAUAACAUGAUGAUAAGCGAACUGUGAACAACAAUAACAAUUCAAAUACAGUAGUCAAGCAAGACUUUGCAGUAGUGAAGCAAGUUGAUGGGCGGGUGCACACAUGACUGACACAACUCGGCACCAGAGCUGGCAAAACACCCCUAUCAGAUCAUGCUGGAUCCAUCCCUGAAUAAUAUAAGCCCAUAAUUUCGAUAUAGGUUUGAAAUCUUCAAAUACUUAUUACAAACAUUUAUAACGUUUUUAUCAGCAGCUGUUCAUUUUAAAUGCAAACGACGGCAGAACAUAGCAAAUUGUUUCAACUCAUAACAAUAAAUAUAUCCGAACAAUUUAAACGUGCGGAUUUGGAAUAAACCUCUGUAACUCUGUUUAAAUCUUUGAUUUAUUACAAUGGUAAAACGUACCUCACAGAGCAUAAGUUAUUUCGCUUGUGGUCUGACUCACUUCAUGACUUUGUGUUUUUUAUGUACGACGCGUUUCUGACGAGCGUACUCGGGGAAGUAAUCUAAAAACA